AUGCAGGCCGGAACUAGGAAUAUAGCUUCCACCCUCCCCAUCAUCGGACCGGGCGAGUACCAAAAGAUACGUCAGGCAACGUUUAUUCGCCCAGCUCAAAUGGGUCUGUUUGCUCGAGUGUCGUGUUACCCGCCUCUGGGACAAGUUACCAGCCUGCAGAGGCAGAAAGAAUUAAAGCCCGAGGAAGAUGAUACGGUUCGAUUUACAGUUGUGAUUGAAUCCAGCGCCUCUCUUCCAACGCAAUCAUGGGAAGCGCAGAUCUGGCAUAACAUCACUAGCUCUGAAUGGACUGCUCUUUCGCUUCAGAAAUGCGAUCCUUCUAUUGCACCAUUGCUGAAUGGAAAAGAUGCCGAAUACAAUUAUCAUCGUUAUGUUUUCUCAGACGAAAUCCACCUGCCGACGUCAAGUGGGCAUGCAAAAUUUACGGUCCGCUUUAGAACCAGCCCAGAUACCCAAUGGCAGUGGGCCAAUCAGCAGCAAUCAAUUAAUGAUGGAGAGCUUGUCUUUGGUUCCAAGGACGGGAUUGAUCUUCAUUCGUUAUCCCCUGAUACAUCCUUAGCUGAUGCCAAAGCAGAGCUUGCCAAAUAUAUCGACAACCUGUCAUCAGAGGUGCGGGUUGAAUCACGACGUACGGAGGCGCCCGGAUCUAUUAUAUGGGCGAUUCAUGGAGACGUGGAUGCCGCGGAGGAAGGUAUCUCUGGAGUCAAAACAUUGGCACUCGGCACGCCUUCAUCGACGAUCAAGUAUUUCUCCUUGGUACGAAUUUGGACACCAUGGCUAGGUCCUCGACAUGGCAAGGACAAGUUCAGAUUGACCGAGGAUGCGAUACUAUGCUCGUUCCUUCGAACAGAUGGGACGAAUCUUGUACUUCUGGCCAUUUCCGGAAUCAACGACGUCCUGACUGUUCUCCAAUCGGGUGAUAAUGGAGAAGUAGUGAUACAAGCCAGAAGCGACAAUACCGAGGUCGUCGAGUUUCAAGCUUUAGCCGCGGUCGCGGAGAACUUCGAGGUCGCCAUGUCAGCUGUGAUAUAUGAGUCGAGGAAGAUCGUUAGGCCAUACGGCACUUUGUCGAGCGAGUCUGUGGACCAGCCCCCGUUAUCACCGCUAGGGGACGAUGUUGUGGUUUUGGAGAAAGACCCGAAAAUCCAGUGGCUUGCUGACUGGUUCGACGGCCUGACAUACUGCACUUGGAAUAGUCUUGGCCAGGAUCUGAAUGAGGAAAAGAUUAUAGACGCACUUGAUACCAUGAAAGCACAUGGGAUUCAUGUUGUCAAUCUCAUCAUCGACGACAACUGGCAGAGUCUCGAUAAUGAGGGCGAGUCUCAGUUCAAGCGUCGAUGGAAGCAGUUUGAAGCGAAUCCCAAGGCAUUCCCGCGAGGUCUCAAGCAAACUGUUGAGAUGAUCCGUCGAUCUCAUCCCAAUAUAGGACAUAUCGCAGUCUGGCACGCUUUGCUCGGUUACUGGGGCGGAAUCUGCCCGGACGGAGACCUUGCAAAGAGAUACAAGACCAAGGAAGUGAAGAUAAGAGAUCCUGCGUCUGGAGGCCCCAUUGCGGACAAUAUCCCAGAUGGAAAGAUCCUUGCAAUUGAUCCUGAUGACGUACAACGGUUCUACGAUGACUUUUACGGCUACCUUAAAUCGAUAGGUAUUGACUCUGUCAAAGCCGAUGCCCAGUUUUUCAUUGAUCUCCUCGACGACCCGGAAGAUCGCAAGAGGUUCAUGACAUCUUACCAGGAUGCUUGGUCACUCGCCAUAUUGAAACACCUCAGCAGUCGGGCCACUUCCUGCAUGUCAAUGACACCGCAGAUGAUCUUCCAUUCUCAAUUGCCAACGAACAAGCCCGCCCUUAUAUUGCGUAAUUCGGAUGAUUUCUUCCCCGAAAUCCCAGCAUCUCAUCCUUGGCAUGUUUUCUGCAAUGCGCACAAUGCACUUCUCACUCGGUAUCUCAACGUUGUACCAGACUGGGAUAUGUUCCAAACCAGUCAUCCGUACGCUUCUUUCCAUGCUGCAGCUCGUUGCGUCUCUGGCGGACCAAUUUACAUCACGGACGAGCCUGGAAAGCACGAUCUCAAAGUCAUUGAUCAGAUGACGGCACUCACUGUGCUAGGUACCACUGUCAUUUUGCGCCCAAGCGUGAUUGGCCGCACCAUUGACGUUUACCAUGACUACAAUGAGGGCCAUGUUCUGCGUGUCGGAAGCUAUACAGGCUGGGCAAAGACUGGAAGCGGCAUUUUGGGUCUUUUCAACAUCCAUUCAGCCGAGGCGUCGUGCAUCGUCUCUUUGACAGACUUUCCUGGGAUUAAAGAUGAUUCCGACGGCGAGUAUGCCAUCCGUGCCCAUACAAGUGGCAAAGUCACCGAUCGCUUGAAGCCGCUGGCUCAAAAUGCCCUGGUGUCUGUUUUGCUGGAACAAAAAGGAUGGGAGAUCCUCACUGCGUAUCCGACUCGAUCAUUCGCGCUGAAGGGAAGCCGCGGUAGCAGCCCUUCAGGUGAAGCCCUCACUCAUGUAGCGGUUUUUGGCCUUCUUGGAAAGAUGACUGGAGCUGCAGCGGUGGUUUCUUCGGACAUCCAUGUUGUCGAAAAUGGGCGCUUGCGCUGUGAUGUUCAUUUGAAGGCACUUGGCACGCUUGGGCUUUACGUUUCUGAUCUGCAAGACCGUAGUAUUGCCGAUGAUUUCAUGGUCAUGAUACUCGGGCAGCCAGUGCCGCAGAAGACUGUUUGGAAAGAGGGCGGAGACAAUGCCAAUAUGUUGGCUAUUGAUGUUCUUGCAGCCUGGAAGGCGAUGAAGCUGGACAGCGGGUGGAGUAACCAGGCCUUUGUCCAGAUUUUCAUGGCAUAG